CAGGAUAUGUUACGUCACUAACCGGGAUGUACCCAAUCGGAGCCUUCAUUGCCCAGUAUUGGUUAUCACGUGUUUAUCAUGGCUCCUGUAAGGUGCUGUGUGCCGGGUGAAAGGCUGUGCAGCACUGAAGACUGUGCCCCUGGAUAUGGAACUUUCUGCAGACAUGGCUAUAUUUUUGCCUCCCUGGCAGGUUACAUAGUGAAGAAAACUGACAAUGGCUUGAUGCCAGUUAUUUCUGUGGUAAGAGAGACUGAUUCACAUCUUCUGCCAGAUGUUGGCUCUGUUGUCACUUGUAAGGUAACAAGCAUUAACUCCAGGUUUGCAAAGGUCCAAAUUAUGUAUAUUGGUUCAACUCCACUGAGUAACACAUUUCGAGGCACAAUCAGGAAAGAAGACAUUCGUGCUACAGAAAAAGACAAGGAGCUACUAUGGUGCCAAUCAGCUGGUGUGAGAUGCAGUGUCCAAAGACGCACAUUAAAGAACAGAGGAAAGUUGCACGGGUGCAGCCAGAGUUUCUGCAGACAUAGAGAACAACAUGUGGCACAGGCAUUUAAGCUCCUUGUAGUUGUAUCUAACCACUCGGUAGCCAGGCAGUUCUGAAUUAUCUUAAUUUGUAUUAUGGCAAACAAUGAUUUUAUAUUUGUUUGUGCUUGCAACCUUGAGUGCCUUGUUGCCUCCAUAAUUUUGGUGGUUAAAAUUAAGACAAGCCAACAAAAAUGUAACUCGGUUCCCUUCAUUUAGGCUAAUGCCUCUCCACUGACAAUAAAGUAAAUCGCCGAUGGAAAGGCAUACAUGUAGCUUCAGUUUUCUGAAGUCAUUGCUACUGUCAUUUUACGGAGAUUAGUUGCCUGCGGUAGUUGAUAUUUAACUGUGGGCGACUAAUCCCCUCAUGGGCAUCAGUCUUUUUAACAGUAUUUCUUUGCUCCAAAAGUUUAAUUGAUCAGAUAUGUGUUUUUUUUUCUCUUAAAAUAGUUUUAUUUGUAUUUUGUACAUUUUCCUCUAUGAGAAUAAAAUGUAUUUUUUUUGUCAUUUAUUCACAGAACCACUAUUUUGGUCAGUGAGAUUGUAACGGUAUAUCUUGUGAAGCUCUUGUAGUAAGAGUAAAAGAGACAGAAUGCAUGUGAACAAUGUAUUAGGGAAUGUAUUUUGCUGGCUCCAAAAAUACCAGGGAUCCCCACACUUUUUUUUUUCACUUAUGAGCCGCAUUCAGAUGCCCAGCUUCCCAGAGUUGUGGCAAGACUCCUCCAGUUCUAGG